CAGAGAAGGAGUACUUCCGCUGGCUAUGAGGCGUGUGAUUGGUCGAGGUUUGCACCGACUGCGAUGAUUGGUUACACGGCUUGUUGUUAAACUCAUUUGCACUGGAUGUAAAGCUGAAGCAGCUUUGCUAAAACGAAAGAUCCACUCAGUGAUACCUGUGGUCCACCUCCAUUGUAACAAUGUCUGACAGUGAUGGCCCAGCAACAGAGCCGGCUGGACUGGAUGGUCUGCCACCAUUGUUCAGCAUUUCCAAGGGAGAGGUGGUCUCUCUGCAGACCUACGGAGCCUUUGUCAGACUGCCAGGAUACAAAAAGGAAGGCCUGGUACAUGUGAGUGAGAUGUCAGCCACACGGGUUGAGAAUGCCUCAGAGGUUGUCGAUGUCGGGGAACAGGUGUGGAUUAAAGUCAUUGGGAGAGAGAUUCGGGAUGACAAGGUGAAGUUGUCCUUCUCAAUGAAAGCUGUCAAUCAGGGAACAGGGCGGGACUUGGACCCAAACAAUGUUAUGGCAGAGUAUGUGCUUACAGUUUUAUUUUGCCAUAUAUAUUUGUAUCUGCAUGGGUGCAUGGGCCGGUGUGUGUUAUUAUUGUCUGUGUGUGAUUGUAGGCAGGAUGCGAGGCGACGUAAGCUGUAUAGAGAUCACACAGGCAACAGGAUCACACUGGAGGCUGUACUCAACACAACGUGCUCAAAGUGCGGCUGCAAGGGACACUUUACAAAGGACUGUUUCUCUGCUCCGGGCUUGCAGUACGCUCUUUUGCCUGAAGAGGACGAGGAAGAGCCCCAGCAGCAGACCUCCACAGUUGCACCACAGCAAGACUCAGACAAAAAGAAGAAGAAGAAGAAGGAGAAGAAAAUGAAGAAAAAAAGGAAGAGGGAGAGGAAGGAGUCUGAGAGUGACAGCAGCAGCAGCAGUAGCGAAUGCAAAUCCAAGAGGAGGCGACACGACCACACUCCCGACAGAGAGGACAAAAAGAAGAAGAAACACAAGAAACAUAGAUCACACAAACACAGCUGACACAGCCACAUGGCUCAAACACACAUGUACAGUCACACACACUGCAGCUGUCAGACAGACGCAAAAGGGAAGUGGGUAGCAACAGGCAGAGUGACAGAUUUCCAGCUGUGUAUCUUUUAAUAAUCUCUCAACAACCGCUUAUUAUGGAAACCUUCACCUAUUUAUGUUAAGGAGAGUUUUGCUUACUGUCUCUAUCAUUGGAAGCACAUUAAGACGUCCUAUCAAGUUUAAAAAAUCUAAAUGGAUCAAGAAAGAAAGUGCUGCAAACAAAAAUCAGGUGAUAAGUCCCACUUGUCCUAAAGUAACCUCUGGCUCACCCACAGAGGAAGGAGUUUACACAACAUAUGUAUCGCAGCAAGUGGCUGUCCUUCUAGAAAUCCAGAUAUUGUUUACAGCUCUCCGGUUUCUUAUGCUCUGGUAAAUCAGUUAAGCAGACAUGAAAACAGUAAAGCUGACUCUUGGGGAUGGGGGGCUGACAUGAAAAUCCUUUAAAUAAUCCACACAGUGAAAGCUACACACACAGAUAGGAAGUAGUAAAGACACAAACAGGAUGUGAAAUGCAGCACAAGUGAGCGUGACAGGAACCUCAAGCUAUGGUAAUAUCCUGAGGUUGUCCGCCACUUAUUGUGGGUUUGUGUAUACGUACUGUACAUGUGUGUUUGUGUAUCUUGCCUCCAGGGGACUGCUCAUAGUAGACACAACCCUCUUCCUGCAUGUCAACUGUUAGCUCCAUUAAAGGUGUUUUUAUUUGUAAAGGGGAAAA